AGAGGACAGCUUUUAGAGUCCCGAGGAUCGAGAUUCAGGCGCUUUUCUCGAACCAUCACUUAAGCUCAUCAGCAUUUGCUUUUCCAUUUGAUGUUUCCUUCUUAACUUUAUACUGCUUCCCUCUUAAUGAAAGCGCUAUUUUGAAAUUAAUUGAAGCAAGAUGCACAUAGAGCAUCACGGCGUAACUCCGGUAGCCCGAAGGUGGUGAUUUUUUUUUUUUUUUUUUCUUCUGUCAUGGUUUGGGUUUGCCAGCAGCUGGCUCACUGGCCAUCCAUCGCAGGUUUUUUUUUUUUUUUUUAAGGAAUGUCACACAUGUGUGAAAGUCUCAGGCGCAUAAAGGCAUAGACUAGCAACCAGAAACCUCUGUAGAACACCUUUGCCAGAUGUUUUAAAACUCACCGAUAGACUGAAUAUGAAUAAUUUGAUAUGUUUGCAAAAUGGCCUUAUCUUGGCAAAAUUCAAGACAACUUUUUGGGAGUGGAGACAUGAUUUACUUGUUCUUUAUUGACAUCAGUUUUCCUGGCAUUUUGCAAAACUGCAUCAUAAGUUGUUGGUGAAAUUAACUUUAGAAUAUCAAUGUAAGAGCAAGAGGGGAAGCAUUUAAAUGUAACCUAGACUCUUGACAAGUUCUCCUGUCUCCUGAUUGAAUCUUCUACUUUUCUCUACCAGUGUUAGAGGAAAAUAUUACAGAUAAUAAUAGAGGCAAAGCUAAGCAAUAAACAGCAAUGUGUUCUAUGACAUCUCAGUUCCACUUAAGUCUUGGAUUGUGCUAAAGCCACAAUGUAGUCAUUGGAUUUUGUUCUGAGUCAGUACUUAGGAGUUGCUGAUAGUUUUGGGUGGGUACAGAGUGAUAUCUAGGAUACAAAGUUAUAUUAAAUGUGGUCUGUGCUUUGUUCCUCGUCAGUGUCUGGGUCAGAGGUGAAAUACUCUUCCUAGUGAUGGCAGGGUUGAUGUGGAUAGUGUGUAAAUUUAAGGACAAGAGAAACCUAGAAACCUAACAAGUGUGAAGGAUGAAACUUGGAUGGAAACUAGUUGGAGACAGUAUGCGAAAUGACAUUGCGGAGCUCAUUUUCUUCUGUCGGUACCCCCUGGCUUGUAGGAUAGUCAUGCAGUGCUCUUGGUAACAUUUGUAAGAUUUCCUUUUGGAGUUGAGUGGUUGCUCUGGCCUUCUUUAAUCCCAGCACUCAGGAGGCAGAAACAGUCUGUUCUACAGACCUAGCUCUAGGACUUCCUCCAAACUAAACGGUUUGGGUGCUUGAUUUUAGCUUGAGUUUUAGGGCCUGGUACGUUUACUAAUUUCAUUCUACCACUAAACUACACUAGUACUUUUUCAGUUUUAAGUAAUAAAAAAAAAAGAUUACUUAUUCUACUAUUGGAUUACAGAUGAAGCUUGUAAAAAUUAAAAAUCUUAUUUGGUCAUUGCUAUUUUCAUUUAGCUUGUGAGGUUUUUUUUUUGUUUGUUUGUUUUUUUUGUUUUUUUUUUGUUUUGUUUUUUUUGGUAGUGUGCUUAAUUGUAAACACUUAUCAACCUGUAGGGUGUGACCCUUUUGGAGUCUAAAGACCCUUUAACAAGAGCUGCCUAAGACCAUCAGAAAACACAGAUGUUUAUAUUGUGAUUUAUAACUAGCAAAAUUAGGAAGUAGCAAUGAAAAUGCUUCUAUAGUAUGGGGUGACUACAACCUGAGGAACUGCAUUAAAGGGUCACAGCAUUAGGAAGGUUGAGCACACUGACAUAGUCGUGAACUGUUGGUUUUUCUCCCCCCUACAUACCCAACCUUUUAUAAGCAUUGGCCAAAUUUUUAGUCUAUGGAAUUUUCAUAGUCAUUUUCAAUUUGAUACUACAUGGUUUUAAUUAUUUGAGCUUAGUAAUGGCUUACAAGUAUAAAUUGAGAAGUUCAAAGGGGAACAUUAUAUUGUAUUGCUUCACAGAACUUGUGGACAAAGGCUGCUCUCCUGGAAUUGUGGCAAUGUCAAAAUUAGAUUGAGUAAGGAUGGCAGGACAGUGUCCCCCACUGUUCCUAGUGGCUUGUGUUUCCUUUUAGAUAGCUUGUUCUUCUGCUGCUCUACUUUUUUUCUUGUUAUUUAUUAGAGAAUACUUUCAUUAGAGAAUAAUUUCUUGUAGUUUUCAUUUUUUGGUUUUUGUGUAGCCAUUGUUGGCUUGGAGCUUACUAUUUAGGCCAGACUGGUUAACCAAAAACUUGAGGUGGGGGUGGGAGUUGUUCCUGUCUUCCCAGUGUUGGGAUUUACAGGGGUAACCAUCACACCUAGUCCAGUUCCUUUAUGCUUAGAAACGUGCUUUUAAAGUAAGACUUAAACACAGAAGCCUGCUGUGGUGCUGUGCAACUGUAAUCCCAGCACUCAGAAGUGCAGGCAACAGAAUUGUGAAUUUAGCUUGGCCUACAUAUCAAGGUCUUAUCUCAGAGCAAAAUAAGAUCCAAGAAAAAAAGGUCCAGUGAGAUAGAUGGUUUUAGGGGUAAAAGUGCCAAGCCUGAGGACCUGAGUCAGAGCUAGAACCCUCAAGUGCAAACAGAGGACCUCAUGCAAAGUCGCUCUCUGACCUCCAGGUCCACACCAAAGCAAGCGCACGCAUAGAAAAAUGAGUAAGUAAAUAUAUACUUAAAACUCUUUAAAAAGGGCUAGAGAGGUGGCUCAUCAGUUAAAAGCAACUCUAGAGGACCCAGGUUCAAUUCCCAGCACGCACAUGGUGGCUCACAGCUGUCUGACAUGCAUUCCAGCUCCGAGUUUCAGGAGAGCCUCGCACACCAGGCAUGCAUGUGUUGCACAUAUCUGUGCAUGCAGACACACUGUGCCCAUACACAUGGGGGAAAAGCUUUGAAAGAAAACAGGAAAAGAAUAAAAUGUAAUGUGCUUAUCAACAAAAAGCAGAUGGCUUGGUAAGCCAACUUUGACAAUUUCUUUUUCUUUAGUGAGAAACCCAUUUUCUUAGUUUAGUAAUAAACCAAACUUUGGGUGUUUAUUCCAAAUUUCACUUAAGUUUAUACUCUGAAUCUGUAUGCUUGACUUAGAGAAAUUAAAUCUGAAUGUACAGUUUACACAGUUAUCUAGAAUCAUGUAAAAUGAGUCAGGUUGGCUUAAUUCAGAUUGAACAUAGAAAGUCCCGAGCAAAUUAUACUUUCAUGAAACAAUUUCUAGAACAGCAGUUCUUAAACUGGGGGUUGAACAUAACCCUUUCACAGAGGUCGCCUAGGACCAUUGGAAACAUAUUUCCAUUAGUCAUAGCAGUAGCAAAAUCACAGUUAUGAAGUAGCAACAAAAUAAUGUUAUGGUUGGGUCACCACAACAUGAGGAGCUGUGUUAAAGGGUCCCGGUCGUAGGAAGGCUGCAGGCCACCGUAGAGCAAGGCUCUGAAGCUCGGCGGCAGCAGCCCUGGACGUGACGCACGUGUGCAGAAGCUGCUCUGGCCUUUCCCCUUUUCAUGCCCAUCACAUUGGAGACGGCUCUUCUGUGACAGUGAGUUGUGCCGUCUUUCUCAGGAAAUGGCUGAGAAGUGGAAAUGAGCUUGGCUUACAUAGUUCCAUUUAAAUUUCCCUGUGAUGGAGAACAUUGAGAUUUCUCAGUCCUGAAAAGUAGGAAUCAGAUAUCCUAAAGUGAUCCUGACUUUAAAUGUAGUGUUUAUAGAGGAUUGUUUUCACUGUGGACUUACUGUUUACACAAUCAAGGUUCUGCAGAGUCGGCACUUCUGCAUGCACUGAUCUUUUCUGCUGGGAAAUUCAUGACUGUCUUGUAAGUUGUUGGCCAUUAGUAAGCAAUGGGAAGCCUGUGACCACAGCCUCAGGUACUGUCUCCUUUCCUGUCCUUAUCAUAAAAAUCACUUCUAAAGAGUCUAGUCAAUCUAGAGAAGAAAAGAUUGCCUUUCAUCUCAAAAAUAAUCAUUUUUGUAGUCAGAAGUAAGUAGUUGUUGGUAUGUGAUGGUGUGUCUGUGUCUCUGUAUUUCUUUUCCACCUAUAUUGUAAUUUAUAUAUAUAUGUCAUUCCAUGGAAACUGGUGGGAAGCGUAGUGUCACUGUGUUGAGUGAAUUUAUGUCUAAUCAUGACAAGCCUGACUACUGUUUCCAGGAAUAUGGAUUUAGUGUUCUAAGCAAAUAACUUAAGGUGGGGGGUGUGUUAAUUACUGUUUGUAACAACUGUUUACUUUUAUAGUAGCUAUUUUUAAUGUAGGCAGAUCUUUAUUAAUUGCUAACUUAGUGUGUGUUAGACAUCCCAGUGGGUACUAUAUUCAUUUAAUGUAGUUCUAUAAGAUAAGUGGAAGCGUUCUUAUUUCACAGAUGAGGAAACUAAGGGAUCGGAAUGGCUUGACUUUAAGGCAGCCACUUCCUGAGUGUGUGUGUCCAUCCGUCCCCUUAAGCAUCACAUCACCAUCUGUCUCCUGGGGGUACAGGAUACCUUCAGAAAUGGAGCUUGAUAUCAACAAACUUACAGGGACUUAGCUGCAGCUCUGAACUGAACGUUGUGUAGCCAACAUUUACAGCAUGUUGAAUCAAACAAAGCAUAGGAUUCUAAGAAAAUAGCUGGAGACAGCUCAGGCCUCAGUUGUGCAAAUGCACAUUCUGCUGGCUACUUGGGAUGCUAUCCAAUACAAUACAGAUGGCUCAGAAGGAUAUGUCACGUGUUACUUAGGGAAUAAUGACAGAAAUAUGUUUUAGAAUGGGCUUUACCUUCAGUUUGAGGUUUGUUGAAUUUGUUGAUAACAAACCCACAGACACAGAGAGCUCCUUGUAUAUAUAAUAGGCAUGUUUUAGUUUUAGUACUUGGUCUAGAGCUUUGUAGGUCGAUUUUUAAAAGAUAUCAAGUGACUGCUUCCCUUCUCCUGACUUCUUGUUUGCCUCUUAGAAUAUUUUACUAGUGGAACCAAUUUCAGUGAAUUGUAAAAAAGAAACCAACCCACAAACUGCAAUUUACUUGCUGUAAACUAAGCAAUUUUAGUGAAACGUUUGCUAGGGUGAAACAGUUCUAUUUGGGAAAGUUUCAGCCAUAGUGCAUAUUAACAUUUUAUUUAAGCUUGUUAUUGCAACGUACUUAGUAGAAAUUAGCUAUAAUGCUCUUUCCUUGCUUUUACAGUGGGAGAUUUUAAUGCUUUGUCAAUGUACUAGUAUUGCCGCGUGAACUCUUAGGGACAGUGGCUUGCCACUGUAAUGUCUGUUCUCUUCAUUUCAAGUGUCACUGAAGGCAGGGAUAUCUGACUCCUUAUAGAAAGGAAACCACCCCUACCACUAAUCCCCCACCUGCAGAAGAGGAAAAAACAGAGUCUAAUCAGGAGGUUGCUAACCCAGAGCACUAUAUUAAACACCCUCUACAGAACAGGUGGGCACUCUGGUUUUUUAAAAAUGAUAAAAGCAAAACUUGGCAAGCAAACCUUCGAUUGAUCUCUAAGUUUGAUACUGUUGAAGACUUUUGGGCUCUAUACAACCAUAUCCAGUUGUCUAGUAAUUUAAUGCCUGGCUGUGACUACUCACUUUUUAAGGACGGGAUUGAGCCUAUGUGGGAAGAUGAGAAAAACAAACGAGGAGGACGGUGGCUGAUCACACUGAACAAGCAGCAGAGACGGAGUGACCUCGAUCGCUUCUGGCUAGAGACACUGCUGUGCCUUAUUGGAGAAUCUUUCGAUGACUACAGUGAUGAUGUGUGUGGAGCUGUUGUUAAUGUUAGAGCUAAAGGUGAUAAGAUAGCAAUAUGGACUACUGAGUGUGAAAACAGAGAUGCAGUCACACACAUAGGGAGGGUAUACAAGGAAAGGUUAGGACUUCCUCCGAAGAUAGUGAUUGGUUAUCAGUCCCACGCAGACACAGCUACAAAGAGCGGCUCCACCACUAAAAAUAGGUUUGUUGUUUAAGAAGACACCUUCUGAGUAUUCUCACAGGAGACUGCGUCACGCAAUCGAGAUUGGGAGCUGAACCAAAGCCUCAUCAAAGCAGAGUGGACUGCACUGAAGUUGAUUCCAUCCAAGUGUUGCUAAGAUAUAAGAGAAGUCUCAUUCGCCUUUGUCUUGUACUUCUGUGUUCAUUCUCCUCCCCCACCCCCAAUUUUUGCUAGUGUGUCCACUAUCCCAAUCAAAGAAUUACAGUAUACGUCACCCCAGAACCCGCAGAUGUGUUCCUGGCCCGCUCUGUAACAGCCGGUUAGAAUUACCAUGACACACACAUUUGCCUUUCCACAGUAUUCGAAAAAGAACUUGCAUUUCUAUUACCUUAGCAGGAAAGAUCUGGUUUUGCUCCACUCCAUGCAGGAGCGGACUUUGCUGGUGUGAGAGUCUGAGUACAGCUUUCUAGCAACCUUCUGUUUCCUUUCACAGCAUUGUCCUUGCUGUCCUCUUGCUGAUGGCUGCUAGAUUUAAUUUAUUUGCUUCCCUCCUUGAUAACAUUAGUGAUUCUGAUUUCAGUUUUUCAUUUGUUUUGCUUUUGUUUUUUUCCUCGUGUAACAUUGGUGAAGGAUCCAGGAAUAUGACAGAAAGGUGGAAUAAACAUUAAAUUUGUGCAUUCUUUGGUAAUUUUUUUGUUUUUUGUAACUACAAAGCUUUGCUACAAAUUUAUGCAUUUCAUUCAAAUCAGUGAUCUAUGUCUGUGUGAUCCCUAAACAUAAUUGUGGACUAUAAAAAUGUAACACCAUAAUUACAUUCCUAACUAGAAUUAGUAUGUCUGCCUUUGUAUCUCUAUGCUGUACUUUAACACUUUGUAUUCUUAGGUUAUUUUGCUUUGGUUACAAUGGCUCAAGUAGAAAAGCGGUCCCAUCCAUAUUAAGACAGUGUACAAAACUGUAAAUAAAAUGUGUACAGUGAAUUGUCUUUUAGACAACUAGAUUUGUCCUUUAUUUCUCCAUCUCUAGAAGGAAUCUGUACUUCGUAUUGCAAGGCAGUCUCUUGUGUCUUCUUAGAGUGUCUUCCCCAUGCACAGCCUCAGUUUGGAGCACUAGUUUAUUAUGUUUAUUACAAUUUUUAAUAAAUUGACUAGGUAGUAUCACAUGUAAUUACACUGAUGUGGCUAUCUUUUUAAUAAAGUUAAGGCACAGUUGCUCAGUC